GUGGAGGACGUUUCGGAGCGCACGUUCGCUCCGCUUUUGGACAAAUGGCCGAGAAAACAUCUCAAAUGGAACUUUCAUCUAGCCAACGACAUAUAAUCUUGAAAACGACCCGAGCCGCGUUCGAUCUGUGGGCAACGAAUUCGUCAUUGACGUUCGAGCGCGAUUCGCUGAAUCCCGAUAUUUUGAUAUCGUUUCGUGAGGGGCGUCACGCGAUGCUAUACUCCCGACGAAACGAACCGUGUUCGUCUGCGUUCAGAGGUCCUAACGGAAAUGUCGCUCACGCGUUCUUUCCCACCGGAGACCCCAAUUUCGUCUCGGAGGUGCACGUAGACAAAGCGGAGACGUGGCACAUACAGCUGACUAAGAAUCCCCCGGGGACGUACAAUUUACUUCAGACGUUGACGCACGAGAUCGGUCACGCUUUAGGCUUGCCGCACACCUUCCGCGAAGAUUUGGUGAUGUUCGCGUUCAACUUACUCUAGAGGACGUUCUUUCCAUUCAACACCUGUACGGCGCUAAAGAAAACGCUAAAGUUCCAAAAAUAAUAACGACGACGACACCAACGACUACCACAACGACGACGACGAUAGCAACGACGACUACGAAAGACGUUGAGAUGGAUCUGUGCACCUUGCGAAACGUGGAUACCGUAUUGAUAACGAACGGUUGAUUGUACAUCUCGCACGAACGAUACGUGUGGUCAAUCGAUAUAGACGGGAAAACGUACAAGAAACCCUUGCUAUUGACGGACUACAUGAAAUUUCUUCCUAAGAAUUUCACGCGUCUGACGGCCGCGUAUCAGACGCCCCGGGCAAUAUCAUGCUGUUCGCGGACAAUAUGAGCUACAUGAUCACUUAUCCGCGUCUAACGCUAGUUUCAACUUGGCCGAAAUCUUACACAGAUCUCGGAAUUCCCGAUACCGCCAGGAAGGUCAACGCCGUGCUGAACACGAACGAAGGACGAACCUUCGUUAUAUACGACAAUAAUGUUGUGGGCGAGAUAGACGAUUGUUCGAUGAAUAUUGUAAGUACUACCACAUCAACAUGAUAUUUCUGGGAAUACCUCACAGAGUAUCGUCGGCUUUUCGAUACAUCGACGGCAAUCUGUACUUUAUCAGUAAAAACCGAUUCUACAGAUUCAACGAAUUUACGAAAACCGUAACGGCAUCCGGCAAAUUUGAUCUUGGGAUCUUUGGUAUUACCUGCCCGAGACAGGGACUGAUGAUGCAACUGCGAGAUCUAUUGAGUCGAUUCGUUCGAAUUGACGCGAGGAAGACGUCGAAUAGAGAAGAGGAAGAAUAGAACGAUUCGACGUAUCCCCUCCUUUACAUAUCACUCCUGAGAAUGUUAAUGAAAGGAGGAAGAAUCGUAAUUUAUUUCUUAAAAUAUAUUUCGCCUCAACUUUCCUCGAACGACUCAUUCUCGCGUAAUCCGCCAACUGCACCGCGACAACGGAGAAAAAAAAAGAGAGAGAGAUGUGUUCGACGUUACACGCCCCGUAUUUCGAACAGCGCCAAUCCGACGACGAUCUCGAGAACGGCGUCGAUAACGCGAAAAGAAGAAGAAGAGCAAUCGACGAGCAAUCGACGGAAUUAGAGACUCCGUUUUCGAAUCGGGACAACGUCGACUGCUGGAAAAACAUGUGUCAUAGCAACGACGACGUCAGUACAUCGAAACGUGACGCCGAACGUCAUCCGGUGCGAAUUCUGGAAAGAAGAUACCUAUUGACUAAGACGGGGUACAAAUUCAUAGACGUCGGUAUCACAGCCGUACUCCCGUGUUAUAUACACAUCGUCAUAGGAGAUUGUCACGGCAAGGAGAUCUCACUCUCGCCUGAAACGUGGAAGGAACUCAUCAAUCGUAAACGCGCGGUGUUGUCCCAUCUACAGCGCGGAAAGAACGAGCGCGCUCCACCACCGAUGUGCUUCGAAAACGGAAAACUGAAAUUACGAUUUAGCAAGAUUAACACUCUGUCGACCCUACGCCUGGAAACGUCCACGACUCGUAUGAUCGUGUCGACGAACACCGUCCUCCUCAUGUUCGACCUAGAACUUUGCGUCAACAGCCUCGUGAAUUCGUUGCGCGCGAUCAUCAACACGAUCGACGCGAAGCUGACGCGCUUCGUCGCUAUUGCGGCCACCGUGACGGAUCCCGCGAACGUCCCAAGAGCGAUACGCGAGAGCGAAUUCUUUGAUCGCAAUGAUAUCGUUGACUGCGAGUUAGUCGCUCUGUGUUUCGAGAAUAUUGAGAAAUUAUUGUAA